GACAUCUAAGACUUUCCAACACAUAAAUCAUAGCUAACUUCAUUAUAUUUUCGAAUGUCUUUCAAAAUUGGACCUAACACCUUCACGCCAUUAAUGCCCAGGUUACAAUUCAGUUGAUCAUUUUCCCAAGUUCAGAUUGAAUACACGUGAUUCUGUCUCGCAACAGAAGCAAUCUACCAUGAAAGGAACCACAAAAAAAACUUUGGAAAGACUGCUUUUCUUGUGCUCUUUUGUUCUCUCCAGCAUAAGAACCUCUACUACUCUGGACACUGUAACUCCUAGUCAACCCAUCAGUGAUGGCCAGACGAUAGUUUCACCAGGUGAAAGCUUUGAACUUGGAUUUUUCAGCCCAGGUAGUUCAAGAAAUCGAUAUUUAGGAAUUUGGUACAAGAAGAUAUCCAUGGGGACUGUUGUGUGGGUAGCUAAUAGAGAAGCACCGCUUUUUGAUCAUUUGGGGGUGCUAAAAGUUACUCCACAAGGAAAUCUUGUUCUUCUCAAUAGCACAAAAGGAAUUGUUUGGUCAUCAAAUACAUCAAGAGCAGCAGAGAAUAUUCCAGAUGCAAGGCUUUUGGAGUCUGGUAACCUUGUGGUGGAAGAUGGAAAUGAUGAUGGCCCAGAUAAGUAUUUAUGGCAGAGCUUUGAUUAUCCAUGUGAUACCUUGCUGCCAGGCAUGAAGCUUGGAAGAAACUUGGCUUCUGGUUUUGACUGGUUUUUAUCAUCUUGGAAGAGCACGGAUGAUCCUGCUCAUGGUGACUUUACAUUUCAGAUAGAUCUUCAUGGGGUUCCACAGUUAGUCCUUAAGAAAGGGUCUGUAAUACAGUUUAGAGCAGGGUCAUGGAAUGGCAUUCGUUGGUCUGGGGCUCAAGCAAUGGUGAGAAAUCCAGUAUACACAUACGAAUUCGUAUCAAAUGAGACAUACGUUUAUUACAAAUAUGAGCUACUGAACAGUUCCGUUUUUUCAAGGAUGGUACUGAAUGCGUCUGGUGUUUCACAGCGCUUCACCUGGAUUGAUAGGUCGCAUAGUUGGGUGCUUUAUUAUGUAGUGAUAGUUGAUCAAUGUGACAAUUAUGCCUUUUGCGGUGCGUAUGCUAGUUGUAACAUUAACAAAUCUCCUGUAUGUUCAUGCUUGCAAGGAUUUGAACCCAAGUCUCCUCGAGAUUGGAGUUUCCUAGAUUGGUCUGAUGGAUGUGCUCGAAGGACUCUGUUGGAUUGUGAUAAAGGAGAUGGGUUUUUGAAGCACGCAGGAGUGAAAUUGCCAGAUACGACUUAUGCGUCGGUUAAUAAGAGCAUUGGACUUGAGAAAUGUGGCGAAUUGUGUUCUAACAAAUGCUCUUGCACGGCAUAUGCGAACUCAGAUGUCAGAGGAGGAGGAAGUGGUUGCAUCCUUUGGUUUAGAGACUUGAUUGACAUAAGAGAAUUCUCUGAUGGUGGGCAGGACCUCUAUAUCCGAGUGGCUGCCUCAGAACUAGGGAAUAUUGGGGCAAAAAGAAGCUCCAAUGACAAGAAGCUACUGGGAAUCAUAUUUGGCUCCGUUAUUUUCAUAGCAAUGCUUGCAAUUGGAUUAAUCUUGUACAUCAGGAAAAAGAAAGCGAAGACGAAAAAUAGCCUGGAAAAGGAUUGCGAUGAUGAAGAUGAAAACGAAGUCAUGGAGCUGCCAAUAUUUGAUAUGAAAACUAUUAUUAAAGCCACAGAGAACUUUUCGAUUGACAAGAAGCUUGGAGAGGGUGGUUUCGGAACUGUUUAUAAGGGAAAUUUGAACGAGGGGCAGGAAAUUGCUGUGAAGAGACUUUCACAGGAUUCUGGACAAGGACUGAAAGAGUUCAAAAAUGAAGUAAUCUUAAUUGCUAAACUUCAGCACCGCAAUCUUGUAAAGCUUCUCGGCUGUUGCGUCGAAAGAGAUGAAAGAAUGUUAAUCUACGAAUACAUGCCCAAUAAAAGCUUGGACUACUUCAUUUUUGAUGAAUCAAGAAGGAAAGAACUGGAUUGGCAUAACCGCAUCAACAUUAUCAAUGGAAUUGCUAGAGGACUUCUUUAUCUUCAUCAAGACUCUAGACUGAGGAUUAUCCAUAGAGAUCUUAAAGCCAGCAACGUUUUGCUAGAUAGUAAGAUGGACCCGAAGAUUUCAGAUUUUGGCUUGGCUAGAAUGUUUGGCGGAGAUGAAACCGAGGCAAACACAAAAAAAGUUGUAGGAACAUAUGGUUACAUGUCCCCUGAAUAUGCAAUUGAUGGGCUCUUCUCAGUGAAAUCAGAUGUCUUUAGCUUCGGUGUUUUAGUACUAGAGAUAGUGAGUGGAAGGAAAAACAGAGGAUUUAACCAUCCAGAUCAUCAACACAAUCUUCUUGGACAUGCUUGGAGAUUGUGGAUGGAAGAGAGGCCACUGGAACUAAUUGAUGAUAUUCUAGGUGAAUCCUGUGCUCUUUCUGAAGUGCUGCGAUGCAUUCAUGUGGCUCUUUUGUGUGUGCAGCAACGACCUGACGACAGGCCAUCCAUGUCAACAGUGGUUCUCAUGUUUGGUAGUGACACGAUGUUGCCACAACCAAAGCAACCUGGUUUUUUUACAGAAAGGAACGUGGUUGAAGCAGAAUCUUCCGCAAGCAAGAAUGAUUCAUCAACAAAAAACGAAAUCACCAUUUCAUUAUUAGAGCCACGGUAGAAAUGGGGUUAAAAUAUCUAUUACUUUUUACAAAAGAAAGUCAUCCAUGCAGUGAUAAUCUCUCUGUGUCAACACUGUUAUGAUUUUCUGGUUAUCUGUACAGGGAUUUAGAGCUUACUUAGGAUUAUAAAUACAUACAUAUAUAUUUUGUUACUUGUUAUUCGAAAAUAUGUAUGAUAUGGUUUUUGAAAUC